CCUUUGAACCACCUACCAACACCACCACAAAACCAGUGUGUAUUUCUCCUAUUUCGAGAUUCGAUAUUCUCAAGAUGAGUUCUAGCAGCAGCAGAGCGUGGAUCGUCGCAGCUAGUAUCGGAGCAGUGGAAGCACUGAAAGACCAAGGAAUCUGCAGAUGGAACUAUACGUUAAGGUCAGCCUUCCAGCAUGCCAAGAACCGUGUCAGGUCUGCUUCACAGGCCAAGACCCUGUCUUCCCAAUCCUCGGCUGCGAUUUCCAAGGGACUGGGCAGGGAGGAAGAGUCUUUGCGGACAGUCAUGUACUUGAGCUGUUGGGGUCCCAACUGAGCCUUAAUUCUUUAGAACAUACAUCCUUGGGCUGAACCCAAGUCGAACACACCGCGGCAUGGCUGAGUUUCCCUCGGGUGGGUGUGUUUACGACGUACAUAGCUUACGAAAUGAUGCACCAGAGCUAUACUUGUCCAUCUUCUUAUAAGUAAUGAAGACAAGUUUGAGAA